UUAAAGUAAUAUUUUCGUUUUUUGGGGUGAAAGUUGGUAGGUGUAGUUUCUAUCCGUCGAUCCGUCAAAGUUGAUAUUGUUUAUUGUUGAAAUUUCUUGCAAGUAUUCGUAAUGGCUGAGGCGGACAAAUCUCAGCUCAAUAUCGACAGUAUUAUAGCCAGGUUAUUGGAAGUCCGAGGGGCGAGACCUGGCAAGAAUGUCCAAUUGACGGAAAACGAAAUCCGAGGUUUGUGCCUGAAAUCGCGGGAGAUUUUCCUCAGCCAGCCCAUUUUAUUGGAACUAGAAGCUCCUUUGAAAAUUUGCGGUGACAUCCAUGGUCAGUAUUAUGACUUGCUGCGUUUAUUCGAAUAUGGAGGUUUUCCACCAGAGUCCAAUUACCUAUUCCUUGGAGACUAUGUAGAUCGUGGAAAACAGUCCUUAGAGACAAUUUGUUUGCUGCUUGCUUACAAAAUCAAGUAUCCUGAGAACUUCUUCCUGUUGAGAGGAAACCAUGAAUGUGCAUCGAUCAAUCGUAUCUACGGAUUCUAUGAUGAGUGCAAGAGGAGAUACAACAUCAAACUCUGGAAAACGUUCACAGAUUGCUUCAACUGUUUGCCAGUUGCUGCUAUUGUGGAUGAAAAGAUCUUCUGUUGCCAUGGCGGUUUGAGUCCUGACUUGCAGUCCAUGGAACAAAUUAGGCGGAUAAUGAGGCCCACCGACGUGCCUGACCAAGGAUUGCUGUGUGAUUUGCUUUGGUCUGAUCCUGAUAAGGACACCAUGGGCUGGGGCGAGAACGACAGAGGCGUGAGUUUCACAUUCGGAGCCGAGGUGGUUGGCAAAUUCCUCACAAAACAUGACUUUGAUUUAAUAUGCCGAGCUCAUCAAGUCGUUGAAGACGGUUACGAAUUCUUCGCGAAGAGGCAACUCGUCACGCUGUUCAGUGCACCAAACUAUUGCGGGGAGUUCGAUAACGCUGGAGCGAUGAUGUCCGUGGACGAGACUCUGAUGUGCAGCUUCCAGAUUUUGAAACCCGCGGACAAGAGGAAGUUCCAAUACGGGGGUUUAAAUGCAGGCAGGCCCGUUACACCGCCGCGGGGCGCAACCAAUAAAAACAAAAAGAAGUGAAGAGGCUAAACACACAAAAGGCUUUAAAGUCUCUCCUGGACUCAUAUACAUAUUAAUAAUUAUUAUUUUUUUUUUGUCUAGGUUUAAGUUAUUUCUCUUUCAGUUUUUAGGUUUUAGCCGUUAAUUAACAAUUUACUAUAUCGUAUAUAUAAUUAAACAAACAUAAACAAAAAUAUUCAAAAAAAAAACAAGUACGUACGUUAGAUGCAAAAACCUAAAAGAAAAUUUUAAAUCUGAUAACACUUUGAUCAUUAAAACAAAAUAUUUCUCUGUAAUUAACUGUCAUUAUUAUUUUACGUUUUUUUUUCUCUUUUUUCAUUUCGGGGGCUUGUAUUGCCAUGACGAUAAAACAAAAUACAAGAAGUAUUUCUUUCACAAUAAUAUAUAAUUUUAUAUGCAUAUAAAUAACUGUG